AUGGUGCAGACGGCAGUAUUUAAGCUGCUCAGUCCCAGCCCAGAGGACAGCAAUAUCAUAGCACAGUGGCUCUCCUCUCGCUAUUCCAUACUGUCUCCAAUAUCUGAGGAAGCCCUCCAGAAGCUGGACGAUGAGCUAUUGACCCGCACUUUCCUCCUGGGCACCACCCUCACCCUUGCCGAUCUGGUGCUCUUCAGUGUCCUGCAUCCAGCCCUGGUGUCCUUUCCAUCUGCGCAAACAGGCCGCCACAAGAACAUUGUGCGAUGGUACGACUACUUGCAGCAUAGGGCAGACACACAAGGCAUCUAUCCCAAGGUCAACUUCAAGAAGCCACCGCUCAAUUUGCAGCCUCCGGUCGUGGCACCAGCAAAGGCAAAGGGCUCAGAGUCAGCAACUUCGACACAGAAACCGAGCAGCGGAAGGCCACAAGCGCCGGCUGCAAAGGCAGCCUCUUCCACCAGUGGGGCACCUCCGCCCACAAAGCAGGCCCCGCCUUCAGCAAAUGGAGCACCAGAGGCAGCCCCACCAAAGAAGGCCAAGGGGUCAAAGAAGGAGGGGGCUGAUGGGGGCAAGGCAGCGCCGGCAGCCAAGGAUGCGGAGGCGCGCAUUGACCAGCUGGACAUCCGGGUGGGCCAGAUUAUUGUGUCGGGCCUUGUCAAAUUUGUACCUUUGGACCAGAUGCAGCAGAGGAAGGUGGUGGUUCUGUGCAACCUGAAACCGGCCAAGAUGAGGGAUGUGCUGUCUUCUGGCAUGGUGUUGUGUGCAUCCAAUGCCAGUCACGAUAAGGUGGAUCCCAUUGCGCCGCCGCCAGAUGCACAGAUUGGGGAAAGAAUAAAGUUUGAGGGCUUCACUGGCGAACCUGAUGCGCAGCUGAACCCCAAGAAGAAGAUCUUUGAGAAGCUAGCAGACGACCUGGUCACAAAUGCAGAUGGAUUGGCUGUCUACAAGGGCAUUCCAUUCAUGACUGGCAAGGGACCGGUGACAGCGAGCAUCCCCAAUGCCUCGAUCAAGUGA